AUGGUUUCCUGUUUCGUGUUGGUUCACAUCUGCACAUUAUGUCGUAACUACCGCUUACGUCUAAUCUCACAAUGCACACCAACUGCACACAAUCUCAUCUGUUCAGUCGAACGACGUCUUCUCAAGGUGCGUGCACAAAUGCCCAUCUUCAAGGCGCGCUAUCCGAACGGCUACGAUCCGACCAGGAUGGAGGGAGUGGAGUGGAUCGAAGGUGCACCCCGCCGCAUGUGCUCCUCUACUGCGCAUACUAGUUCCCUCUCCUUUCCCUUGCUCCACUUUGCCCAUUUCUCCUCUCCGCCCCUGUCCAAUCCAAUCAGCACGCUCGAAUGA